AUGGAAACAUCAUCUCUGCUUUCAUCACUGAAUGAUGAAUGCAAAUCAGACAACUAUAUUGAACCUCAUUAUAAGGAAUGGUAUCGGGUAGCUGUUGAUACUUUAAUACAGAAUGGAGUAGAAGCAUACCAAGAAUUUCUUGCCAAAGAGCGAUGCUCAGAGUUUCUGGCUGAGGAGGAAAUUAACUAUAUUUUGAAAAAUGUUCAGAAAUUUGCACAAAGCGCAGUCCAUGGCUCUGACAAUUCUUGUGAUGACACCUCUUCUUCAGGAACGUACUGGCCUGUUGAGUCUGAUGUGGAAGCACCAAACUUAGAUUUGGGAUGGCCCUAUGUGAUGCCUGGACUCCUGGGAGGUACCCAUAUAGAUCUGCUUUUCCAUCCACCACGAGCACAUUUUCUUACCAUAAAGGAAACUAUUCGCAAGAUGAUCAGAGAAGCAAGAAAGGUCAUUGCCCUAGUAAUGGAUAUGUUUACAGAUGUGGAUAUCUUCAAAGAAAUAGUGGAGGCAUCAACCAGAGGGAUUUCUGUAUAUAUUCUCCUUGAUGAUUCCAACUUCAGUCACUUUUUAAAAAUGACAGAAAAGCAAGGAUGUCAAGUUCAGAGACUCAGGAACAUCAGAGUGAGAACAGUAAAAGGCCAAGAUUAUCUUUCAAAAACAGGAGCAAAAUUUCAUGGGAAAAUGGAACAGAAAUUUCUUUUAGUUGACUGCCAAAAAGUUAUGUAUGGCUCCUACAGCUAUAUGUGGUCAUUUGAAAAAGCACAUCUCAGCAUGGUACAGAUUAUAACGGGACAGCUGGUUGAAUCAUUUGAUGAAGAAUUUAGGACUCUAUAUGCCAGAUCCUCUAUUCCUAGUCCAUUUGCCCAGGAAGAAUCAGUGAAGGCAAAAAGUGGCAAGCCUCUCUGGGAAAAUGGUACAUACCAGCGCUCAUUAUCUUCUUUAGCUUCCUUUUCCAGCCAGAGAAAUCUUUUUGCUAGGCAAGACAAUCCUGGUUACUUUAAAAAUAGAGGAAUAUAUGCAGUCAAUGAACAUGACAGAUCUAGCAUAUGGAAUCAUGGAUACAAACCACACUUUUUACCAAAUUUUAAUGGUCCAAAUAAAAUCCGUCAGUGUCAACCCAGUCAGAUAAAUGAGAAUUGGAAGAGACAUAGUUAUGCUGGGGAACAGCCAGAAACCACUCCAUAUCUACUGCUCAACAGGGCUAUGAAUCGGGCCAACAAUCCAUCAACUAAUUGGAAAAUGCCCUCAGAUAGCCUUAGUGUUGCAUCAUCUUCACGAGGUGGUUAUAUGAACCCCCGCCAUAUGCCUGCACAGAGUUUUGCAGACCGCCUGGCACAGAGGAAAACAACAAAUCUUCCAGAAAGAAAUUCAAAUGUACGACGAUCUUUUAAUGGCACUGAUAAUCACAUUCGCUUUCUGCAACAAAGGAUGCCCACCCUUGAAAACACCACAAAAUCUUUCCUACGGAAUUGGCGAAUUGAAUGCUAUUUAAAUGAUCACUCAGAAGGGAUGCCUGAUGCAAAUGGCUCAACUCCUGGGGACAGGUUUGAAGGUUAUGACGGACUUGAAAAUAUUAAAGCCAAUGCCCUUUAUACUCAUUCUCGUCUUCGUUCAUCAAUUGUGUUUAAACCAACCUUACCGGAACAGCAAGAAGUGAAUAGUUGUACAACAGGAUCCUCAAAUUCAACGAUAAUUGGUUCUCAGGGAAGUGAAUCAUCUAAAGAGAUAUCCAACGUGCAACAGUCUUCAGACCAAAAUUUACCAGAAUUAACUACAAAUCCCCAGCCACCUCAGUUAAAUGAAUCAAAAAGGCAUAGCUUGCAGGUUCUAGAAAACCACCAUGAACCUGUUUUAAAUCAAAACACACAUGGCCCUCCUGAAUCAAAUAACUAUUUAUAUACAACUUUAGGUGUGAACAAACAAAUGGAAACUCUGAAAACUGAGCAAAAUGAGAACCUACUAAAAAGGCGAAGUUUUCCAUUCUUUGAAAAUUCCAAGGCCAAUCUGGAUCAUGGUGGGGGCAAACACUAUGUGUAUAGCACACUAACUAGGAAUAGAGUCAAGCAGCCAGAGAAACUCCAAGAGGAUUUAUUGAAGAGCUCUAAAAGCAUGCACAAUGUGACCCAAAACCCAGAGGGUGAAGGUGAAGAUCCCAAAGGGGAAUCUCCAAGCACUACCACCACCAAAUCCAUUUCUAUUGCUGCUCUUCUGGAAGUGAACAAAGAGGAACUCCCAAAGGAUAUGUCCUCCAAGAAAGAAGUGAAGGGUUCCCCAAGUUUUUUGAAAAAAGGUUCCCAAAAGCUGAGGUCAUUACUCAGCCUCACACCAGAAAAGAAAGAAACUCUGUCAAAAAAUAAAGCUCCUGCUUUUUAUAGAAUGUGUAGUAGUUCUGACACAUUAGUUUCAGAGGCAGAAGAAAACCAAAAGCCAAAAAAAUCAGAGCCAAAAAUAGAUUCAUCUCCAAGAAGGAAACGCUCUCCAGCCAAUUCACAAGGCAGUAUCCAUAAGAGCAAGGAGAAUAUUGCUGUUGGAUCCUCUCUGAUGAGCUCGGAUGAGAACAGAACCAACCCUUCUGCAUACCCAGUUGAAAAAGAGUUCUUAGAAAGUGCAGGAGAUGCUUCUGCUCCAAGAUUCAACACUGAGCAGAUUCAGUACCAAGAUUUAAAAGAAGUGAAACCAAGGAUAGUCCCUGAAAGAGCACCUCCUUCCUCUCCAAGGCCAAAGCCGAGUGAGCUGCUAAGAUCUCAUUCAACAGACAGGCGUGUGUAUAGUCGCUUUGAACCGUUUUGUAAGAUAGAAAGUUCUGUUCAACCCACAGGUCGCAUGCCAAGCCCCAGCAUGCACCGUCCUGAACUAAAGAACAUCAGUGCUGGCAAUAGCUAUGGUAGGACCAGUCCCAUGCUAAACUACAAUCCUGCUGUCUAUCGCUCUUAUCAGCCAAAUGAAAAUAAAUUUCGAGGAUUUAUGCAAAAAUUUGGAAAUUUCAUACACAAAAACAAAUAG